UUUAAUUUAAUUUAAUUUAAUUUAAUUUAAUUUGUUUUGUUUUGUUUUAUUUAAUUUUAUUUUAUUUUAUUUUAUUUUUAAUCUAAUUUUAAUUAAACUUGCUAACAAUAAGCAAAUAAUAGCACACUUUUGUCUCAUAUAAUUCACCACUCAAAAUGUCCUUAUCCAAAAGAAGAUACUUCAACAGAUUCCUCAAACAUGCCUCCUUCUCCAUAAAACCUGAUAACAUCGACCAAUCCUCUCUUCAUGAGUCCUAUAAUACCAAAGAUGCAAACUCUCUUGCAAACGCAAGAUCCUUAUCAAUAGUCUCCCAGCUAUCUCCCAUCAUCUCAAACCCAAAUAGCUACAAUCAUCUUCACUCCCACUCUCCUACUCCCACCAUCACUGAGGAAUCCUCCCUCUCAACCUCAAUUAAAACUGACUCAAACUCCUCCUUAUCAAGGGUCUCAACCAACACUGGAACCUUCAGCAACAUUGAAAACACACACUCCUCUCUUUCCUCAAACUCGUUGGUAAGAAACAAAAGUCUUCGCUCUGCUAAUGAUACUCAAAGCACAACCACAAAAACUAAUAGCACAAUAAAUAGCAACAACAACACCAACAACAACUCCCAAAAUAACUUUGACUUGAAACUAUCCUUCCAUGAAAAACAACUUCUAAGAAAAGCCUGGAACGAAUCCCUUGCUGAUGAAAUCAAUCUUUGCAACAUAGAUGCCUCCUUAAUCUACGACAACAUUCAAGAAGUCGUUGAUAAACAAGAAUACAAAAACUUCUGCUCUCUAUUUGAAACUGUUGAUUUUUGGAACAGAGUGUACGACCAAGUCUUGAUCAUCAAUCCUCCUUUGAGAUCACAACUACCUCCUGCCAGACACAGAACUGCCUUUACUGGUAUCUUUAAAAUGGCCAUCUUCAACCUCGACGAUUUGUCCAAAUUGCAAGACUUUUUAAUUAAAUUGGGCAGAAGACAUGGUAGAACCUUGGGUGCUACCAAAGAAUUUUACGAAGACCUUGGUAUCUGCUUGAAUAAGGUCAUCUCUGAUAGUUUUGGCCUCUUGUUCACUCCCCUACUAGAGUACUUGUGGACAAAGUUAUUCUGCUACAUUGCCAACAUAAUGUACCAUGCUUGUGAUACAACUUCCAUUUUGCCUGAAGAAUUGUGUGUCAACAACAAUACUAUCCAAGACUUUAACAACUGGAACUCCUCAGCUUCUCCAGUGGACUACAAUCCCUUUGACCACACCAUCACAACCAACGACGAUGUGAUGGAGACAAACAUCCACUUGACUGCCCACAACUUUUACAAUUACAACUCCUACAACAAUUCAAAUUACUCAACCUCCCAUGAAAAUAUUCUCAGCAAUAGCACAACCUACAAUAACUACAAUAAUUACAAUAAUUACAAUAAUUACAAUAAUUACUCAAACAAAAACAACAACAACAACAAUGAUUCUUAUCUGAUAAGCACAACCCUAUCCGAUUUCUCAAUGCUAAAUGGCCCUGAAACUAAGAAAAAAGUCAUUAAACAUAAAAAAUCUCUAAUUAAAAACUUCUCUUUUCAAUCAGCCACCAAUAACUCAAAUCAAUCAAUCAAAUAUUAUAUCUAAAGAAGC